AUGUCGAGCACCGACAGCGACGACCAUGUCGCGUCAACACUCCAAGGGACAAUUGUGGACCUGGAUCCCCGACCCAUUACCGUCGCAGUCAACCCAAUAGCUCUGGUGGUCACAGAAUGCAUUACCGUCACGUCGGCGAUGCGAAAGCAUGCCCGCUGGGCACAUUCAUCAGUCGCAGCUAUACUGGGUAGCUCUUCAAACAAGGCACCAGCUGUACAACGACGCGACCGUACAGGACAAGGCAUCAUAAGCGCAGGAGAGCAAGAGGAGGCGGUACCGAGCAGAUGGGGCCUACGCGGCAAGAAGGGCAAGAGCAUGCAGGACAACCCCCUCAUGUCUGCAUUUGCGCGCCUGAGGAAUGAUCUAAAGGGCUGUAAAGACAUCCGGACCUUCGAUACCCCCUCCAUGCUCCAUCCCUUCUUGCAGGUCAUCCGCUCUUCCUCCACCUCCGCACCGAUAACCUCACUCGCCCUCAUCGCAAUAACCAAGUUUCUGUCGUACGGCAUCAUUGGCCAUGACUCUCCACGUCUUCCAGAAGCUAUGCAACAGCUCUCCUCCGCCAUUACACAUUGCCGGUUCGAAGCUAGCGACUCGGCCGCUGACGAGAUUGUGCUGCUUCGCAUACUCAGGCUUAUGGAGGUCAUGAUCUCAGGUCGAGGCGGAGAAGUACUGGGCGACGAGAGCGUGUGCGAGAUGAUGGAGACAGGCUUGAGCAUGUGCUGCCAAGCGAGACUAUCAGAGCUGCUCCGACGCUCGGCAGAGAUUGCUAUGGUGUCCAUGUGCCAGGUCAUAUUCCGGAGACUGAAGACGCUGGAAAUAGAAUCGCCAGAUGAACUGGACGCCAUGGACGAAGAGCUCGAAGGAAAGGACGAGCAAGAUGGCCUGAGAAUGGAUCCAACAGCGAAUGGUGAGGGAGGUUCUUCACAACACAAGGUCGAAGCCCUUCAGCAACCGAUCGACCCUGAGAAAGGGCAAGAGGACAACGAUAGUACUCUGAAUCCAGCGAGCAGUACCCUGGAUCUCCCAGCAACAGCCGCGGAUGGUCAGCCACAAGCCCCUCUCGAGAUCAAGCCUUACUCGUUGCCGUCCAUAAGAGAGCUUUUCAGAGUACUCGUCGAUCUCUUGGACCCACACGACCGUCAACACACUGACACCAUGCGCGUCAUGGCGUUGCGCAUCGUGGAUGUUGCGCUCGAAGUCGCCGGGCCAUCGAUAGCGAGCCAUCCUAGUCUGGCGAAUCUGGCCAAGGACACUUUGUGCAGGCACAUCUUCCAGCUCGUCAGGUCAGACAACAUGGCCAUACUGAACGAGUCAUUGAGAGUCGCGGGUACGUUGCUGGCGACAUGCAGAAACGUGCUCAAGCUGCAGCAAGAGCUCUACCUGUCAUAUCUGGUCGCGUGUCUCUUUCCACGAGUCGAGAUACCAGUUGAGCCCGGUAUCGAACCUUCGUUAUACGAAGGCGUCCCGCAUGCGCCUAGCCUUAUCAAGCAGCCGCCGCAACAGAACGGCAACCCCGGUGGCCGUGCAUCUCCAGUACCUGUGAGGGAUCGGCAAAAGCUGGGACUAGAGGGGGGUGCACGCAAGCCAGAUGCCCGGGAAGCCAUGGUAGAAAACUUGGGUGGCUUGGUCCGGAUACCUUCCUACAUGGCAGAGCUUUUUGUCAAUUACGACUGUGAGAUUGACCGUGGAGAUGUCUGUAUGGAUAUAGUCGGACUUCUCUCGAGAAACGCCUUUCCAGACUCUGCGACAUGGAGUACUGUCAAUGUACCUCCACUAUGUCUGGACGCUCUGCUCGGGUUUGUGCAAUCCAUGGCAGACCGCCUGGACGACGAGCCUGUAACGGACGGCUAUCCCAGCGUCGAGUCACUCCGAGAGCAGCGGGCGCGUAAGGCCAUCAUCAUCCGUGGUGCAACCAAAUUCAACGAGAAGCCCAAGGCUGGUAUUGCCUACCUCGCAUCUCAAGGAAUCAUCCGAGACCCAAAUGAUCCUCAAUGCAUUGCCGAGUUUGUCAAGGGUACUACGAGAGUCGACAAGAAAGUGCUGGGCGAGUUCAUCUCCAAGAGAGGAAAUGAAGCGGUACUCAGCGCCUUCAUCAGCUUGUUCGACUUUACAGGACAACGAAUCGAUGAAGCGCUUCGACAACUCCUGCACGCCUUCCGUCUCCCCGGUGAAUCGGCCCUGAUCGAGCGAAUCUUGAGUGAAUUCUCCGAGAAGUACUUCUCCAUGGCGAAGCCGGAAGGUAUCGCCAACCACGAUGCCAUCUACAUCCUCACCUACGCUGUCAUCAUGUUGAACACCGAUCAACAUAACCCCAACAUGAAGCAGAAACGAAUGCAGCUGGAAGACUUCACAAAGAACGUCCGAGGCGUGAACGACGGAAAGGAUUUCGAUCCUGAGUUCUUGCAAGGAAUCUAUGAGUCUAUCAAGAACCGCGAGAUUGUAUUGCCCGAGGAGCACAGCGAUCGAAACGCUUACGACCACGCGUGGAAGGAGCUGUUAGUCAAGUGCCAGUCGACCCCCGAUAUCGUCAUCUGUGACACCAACAUCUUUGACGCGGACAUGUUCGCUGCAACGUGGAAGCCAAUCAUCGCAACACUGUCUUAUGUUUUCAUGUCCGCGACUGACGAUGCUGUCUUUUCACGCGUUGUGCAAGGCUUUGACCAGUGCGCGCAGAUUGCUGCCAAGUACGGCUUGACUGAUGCUCUGGACCGUAUCAUCUCCUGUUUGUCAUACAUUAGCACAUUGGCGCCUGAUGUGCCGCCGAGUACCUCACUCAACACCGAGGUUCAAGCUGACAAGAAGAGCGUCAUGGUCAGCGAGACUGCUGUGCGAUUCGGUCGUGACGGCAGGGCGCAACUAGCGACUGUGGUCUUAUUCCAGGUCAUCAAGGGUAACGAAGCAUCGAUAAGAGAUGGAUGGCGACAUCUCAUUCGCAUCAUGGUGAAUCUGUUCGUCAAUUCGCUGAUACCACCAUACUUCCUUUCCUUCCAGAAGACGCUCGCUCUCGCACCGAUACCGCUUCAGAAUCCGGCGCAAGUCAUCGACCGUGCAGAGCGCCCAGCGGACACUGGCAUAUUCUCGGCGUUGACAUCCUAUGUCUCGAGCUUUGCCAACGACGAGCCUCCAGAGCCAUCAGAUCAAGAAAUCGAGUACACACUCUGCACUGUGGACACCGUCAAGGAGUGUCAUUUCGAAGACAUCCUUGCUAACAUUAGCCAACUGCCAGUAGAGUCACUACGAUCGCUUCUGGCGUCGCUACUUGAGCACCUCCCUGAAGAUGGCUCACCAAGGGUUAUCGUUGUGAAACCUGAAAUACCCGGCGCAAGUCCGCGAACGACUGGCCCAAGACAGAAGGGUAAGGGCCCGCUUUAUGAUCCUAGCCUUGUCUUCGUUCUCGAGCUAGCGACUGUUCUGGCGCUGAGGGAUGAUGAGACGGUCAAGGAGCUUGCAAAGGAUGUGACAGAUGCUUUGGUGUCUGUCAUUCGAGACGCCCCUAAGCAUCAUUACGUAGUCAUUGCGCGAUCAGUGUACUAUCUUCUGAGCCUACUCAAAGCCAGCAACGACUACGACUUUAUCCGUGCGCCAGUCCUCAUGCACACGUUUUCAAGCUUCAACGAUGCCCUCCUGCACGAGUGCGCUCAGCCAAUCCUGAAGGGCCUGACAGACUGCUGCAAAGGCCCCAACGCUCUUCGCAGUGAACUUGCGGGCUCACCAGAUUUCUGGACGAUCCUUAACAGGCUCGCAGGUGUGCCUGAUGCUGCUGGGGACGUUUUCCAACUUGUCGAAGACCUUACCACUUCCCCUCAACCCGGCAUCACUGCGGACAACUACGAAGCUGCGAUUGCACUUCUCAACGAGUUCGCAACUGCGGCUCAAGUUGGUGCUCGAGAAGAGCAGCUGCAUGACCAGGCUGCACGACGCAACAAGGGACAGAAGUAUAAGAAGCUUGAGAGCAGCGAAGUCGUUGUCCGCGGUAGCACUGCUAUGAGCAUUGUUUUCCAGCUUUCCAGCAGAGUGCCAAAUUUCAUCGAGCAGUCUCACCUCGAAACUACUGAAGCAUGGACGGCGUACUGGUCGCCCAUCUUGAAGACCCUCGCUCAUCAAUGUCUCAACCCCUGUCGUUCUUUGCGCCAACAAGCUUUCUCCUCACUCCAACGCACCCUUCUUUCCAACGAUCUCGCCUCCUCUGAACACCGAGAAUGGACCGCGAUUUUCAGCGAAGUAUUGAUCCCUCUCAUCACGCAGCUUCUCAAACCAGAAGUCUACCAGUCUGAUCCGUUGGGUAUGAGCGAGACCCGCGUCCGGGCUGCCACUCUGCUGAGCAAGGUUUUCUUGCAUUACCUGGCACUGCUGGACGGCCUUUCGAGUGAAGAGAAAGAGGACGGAGAAAAGAGCCUAUCUUUCGAAGAACUAUGGAUCACAAUCGUGGGCAUCAUGGACCGCUUAGGCAACAGCGGGCAGGGUGACAUGGAAGAGGCCGUUGCCGAGAAUCUCAAGAACAUGCUCCUGGUACUCAGCAAUGGCGGGUAUCUUGCGCCGCCCGACGAAAACCCCGAACGGGAACAAUUAUGGCAUGAGACGUGGAAGCGCAUCAAUCGCUUCCAGCCCAACCUCUUCGCUGAGCUGUUCCCAGAAGAAGCUGGAAAGCCCGCGAGGCCGCGACCUAGUAAGGAUGAGAGAGCGGCAAAGAGUGAGCCGGUAAUCGACGGCAGGGAGAUGGACGUCGCAGAAAGGAAAAAGGGUGGCAGCAGCAGUAGCGAGACCGCAGAUGGUAGUGAGGUUGAGGAAGAGAAGGAGAAGGUUGCUGAGAAAGAGGGCUAG